ACAAUAUUUACUGUGUCGGUGAUCAACUGGAUACACUGGUAUUUUUUAAAUGAGUCACAAAAUGGUGGCAUAGCGUACCCAUCGGCCAUUUUAAGUAGACCGUAGACAGUAGACUGUACGAUUGUUGAUUCCAAAGCCUUGGUUUGUUUGGGUCUGACUACAUUUGUAUACUUCUCGAAAUUUAGUCGGUUAAGACCUACGAAGCCGUUAAUUUAUUAAUUCCUGUACUUUAAAAAUGUCGAAAAAUCCAUUUGUGAACUGUAAGUCGCGUAAACGAAGAAAGAUCAGAGUCCCAACCAUAAAACCAAAAGAGAAAUUAUUUUGUCCACGAACAAUGGUAAGGUAUGAUAAAACACCCGGAGAUUAUCCCACUAAAUGGGUAUGCAAAAUGUGCCUUAAAUGUGUACUCAGUGAAGCAGCCGUCACUAACCAUUUGACCACAUGCAGUGGUCAAUCUAACCGAGCUAUACCGCCCAAGCAAACGAAAAAAAAUGAAGAGACUCAUUACAUAUGUCAGUAUUGUGAUAAGAAAUUUUCAAGGCGUGUUACGCUAAAGAAGCACUUGGAACAACAUGAAAAAUCAUCUAGCAGUCUAGACUCGGAACUAUCUGACAAUGAAGUUGAAGAUGCUCCUUUAAUACCGGAACAUGCAAAUGACGAUAGCCACAAACCUGAGGAGGAUCAAUAAGUUGAUUUAAUAUUGAUUUAAUCUUAUUUUUUUGAUUUUAUAUUAGAUAUUAUUUGAUAAUUCUUUGCAGCCUGUAGUUGUUUAAUUUUGAAUAAUUCAUAUUAAUUUGUGAAUUAUAUCUAUAUAUUUAACUUUGAAUUAUGUCAUGAAUUGAUUCAAUUAUUUUAAACUUUAUUUUUUUUUAGAUUUUAUUUUCGCAACCGUUCAUUAUUACUCAGCAUAAUAUAAUUUGAUUUUUAUUACAUAAUUAUUUAUUUAAUCCAUUAUUACUAUUAAAUACUAUUGAUCAAAUUGUUUGAAACAGCUUCACUCAAUAUAAAUUUCGAGCACAUCUUACAAUCUAAUUAGGUAGGAUAAUCGCUGUUGAUAGAUCAUAUCGUACUAUAGAACGUGGGCAUAAAAGUUUAUUUGAUAUCAUGUCAAAAAUAAAAUAGGUACAAAAAAACAUGAUAGAAUGUACGUAAUAUCAUAUAUAAAUGUUACAUUACAAAUUUUUGUUGUAAUAUUUACAUAUGUAUCAAUAGUAUCUUCAUUUCUCAACAAAAUAAAAAUAAGUACUUUUUAACAUUAUGUUUGAUAAUAAUUAAUAAAAAAAUAAUACUAGAUGAACUAUAACUUUUUUGUUAAUUUAGGUGGAGCUAGGUUAGAUUGUCCACAUUGUCAACUUUAAAGUAGAGAAAUUCUGUCGACCAAAGUUGAAACUCUAAUAGUAUUUAGAAUAAUAUAUUAUAUCUUUAUUUUAUAUUCAAGUUUUAUUGCAAAAAAUACAUACAAAUUGAUGUGCCACUUAAUUUUCAAUAAUUCGGGUUUUGGGUGUUAAUUUUUUUCAAUCGGUUUUGUAUAUACGGGUUUUGGGUUAUGAUAUUUAUUUGGGUUAAUUCGGGUUUCGGGUUACGUACGGGUGCAAAGCCUUGAUAAUAAUUAAUAAAAAAAAUAAUACUAGAUGAACUAUAACUUUUUUUUUAAUUUAGGUGGAGCUAGGUUAGAUUGUCAACUUAAAAGUAGAGAAAUUCUGUUGACCAAAGUUGAAACUUUAAUAGUAUUUAGAAUAAUAUAUUAUAUCUUUAUUUUAUAUUCAAGUUUUAUUGCAAAAAAUACAUACAAAUUGAUGUGCCACUUAAUUUUAAAUAAUUCGGGUUUUGGGUGUUAAUUUUUUUCAAUCGGUUUUGGGUUAUGAUAUUUAUUUGGGUUAAUUCAGGUUUCAGGUUACGUACGGGUGCAAAGCCUUGAUAAUAAU